AUGAAGAAGAAGCAAAAGCGAUCACCUCCGGCCACCUCCGCCGCAGAGACCACCCCAACCACCACCACUGCCUACUGCGACCUGAAAUCCUCCAUCCAUUUUCACAGCGAAUUCUUCGAUCGCUUGGUUGAACUAAUUCCGGCUAGAUUCUACCUUCCGACCGACGAUCAAGAUUCAAAGCCAUGGUACCAAGGCCUCUCCAAAGCCGCCAAGGCCUCAUUGAAACAGCAGUCAAAGCAGAACCUCAGGCUCGCCCGCCGCCACCGCUUUGACCCCGGCGUCGAGCCCUCAUCCACCCUCCACCUCCUUCAGCAGCAGCAAAACAGCAAAAGUUCAGAUGGUCGUGGAAAUCUCGCUGAUCUUGAGGACGACGACGAACCCCGCACGGACGAGGAUAAGGCGAAGUCUGUUACUUACGAGGAACUCCGAGCAAAACUGCGGAGAAAAAUCGAGCAGCUUAGAGGAAACAGGGGCGAGGGGAGCACUCACGAGAGGAAAAUCAAAAAUGAAGGAAGGAAGAGGAAUAGAGAUGACGAGAACGAAGGGGUAGAUUGUGAUAAGGGAGCUCCACUGAAUGAGGAUGAUGAUGGCGAGGAGACCAUUGAGUACGGAAAAGUGAGCUUAGGCUACGAGGAUGGCGAGGGGAAGCACGUGAAGAAAAAGAAGAAGAAGCUUCCCAAGGCUAAGGAACUUGAAUUGGCCAAGAAAAAGCAAGAGGUCAAGAGGGAGAAUCCGAUUGUGGCCGAGCGUGAGUCUUGGAAGGCUGCUGCCAGUCGGGCCAGGGGCGUGAAGGUUCACGAUGAUGCUCGUAUGAUUAAGGAGAGCAUGAAGAGGGAGAAGAGGAAGAGAGAGAAGAAUGCCGAGAAAUGGAAGGAGAGAGUCGAGACCCAGGUUAAGAUGAAGGAUGAGAAGCAGAGGAAGAGGAAGGAGAAUAUUCAGGGACGGAUUAACGAGAAGAAGAUGAGGAGGAUUGCCAAGCGUGAGAAGAAGCUGAUGAGGCCCGGGUUUGAGGGCCGGAAAGAAGGAUACAUUACUAAGGAGUGA